UAAAUGUCAUUUUUAUAGUACUAAUUUACAUGACACAGUUUUCAAAUAAACAAAUGAAAAACUAGUUGAAAAACCGUUUCCAAGAAUUACUGAGAAGAUUUAUAUCAAUUUAAACAAACCUGAAUCGAAAGAUUAAAGAAAUAUUAUUAUAGUUUGUUAUGGCUGGCUUAAAAAGGCCAUUUCGAGUGGCUGUGGAAGGAAAUAUUAGUGCUGGAAAAAGUUCGUUUCUUGAAUAUUUUAAAAGAUAUUCAAACAUUGAUACUUAUACGGAACCUAUUUCAACUUGGACGAAUUUUAAGGGGAAUAAUUUAUUAGAAUUAUUAUAUACGGAUAUAAAAAAAUGGAAUUUUUUAUUUCAAAAUUUUGUACAAUUAUCGCGAUUUAAAAUUCAAACAUCAAAACCAACGAAUUUGAAUAAAAAUGUUCAAAUUUUUGAAAGAACACUACAAAGUAACAGAUUUUGUUUUGGGAAAAUGGCAUUUGAGCAAGGUUAUUUAACACAUCCUGAGUUCUUAGUGAACACAAAAUGGUAUGAAACCUUAAAUGAACUUGAAGAUAUUUCAGUUGACUUAAUAGUAUAUGUUCGAUGUAGUCCCGAGACCUGCUUUCAUCGCUUAAAGAUAAGAAAUCGCACUGAAGAGACCAACGUUAGUUUAAAAUAUCUACAAGACGUGCAUGAAAUCCAUGAUCGAUGGUUAAUAUCACCUGAAUCAGAGCCAUGUGCGCCUGUUCUAGUAUUAGAUGCCGAAAAAGAUAUAAAUGAAUUAGUACUCGAUUAUGAGAAAUAUAAGGAAUAUAUUUUAGGUGAAAAAAUAUAUCCAUCAAAUAUCAAAUAUGUAGAAAAAACGUAUCCAGUAUUAACAAAACCAAUGAAAAAUUAUCAACAAAUAUGCGUUGAAGGUAAUUUAUCAUCUGGAAAAUCAAUUCUUUUACAAAAUUUACAAGAUAAUAGUUUGAUUGAAUGUAUUCAGGAACCAAUCGACAAUUGGCGUGAUCUCGAAGGAUUUAAUUUAUUAAAACUUUUGUAUAGUGAUUUAAAAAGAUGGAAUUUUUUAUUUCGAAGUUAUGUUCAAUUAACAUUUUUACAAAGUCAUAUAAAACAAAAUUUGAAUAAUACAAAUAAUUGUAAACUUUUUGUUAUGGAACGUUCGUUGUAUAGUAAUAGAUACGUAUUCAUUGAGCAUGCGCAUAAAUUUGGAUAUUUAACAAAAGCUGAAUAUGACACGUUAAUUGCUUGGUUUGAUGUUCUUAUAGAAAGGUGCGAUGUCAAUAUUGAUCAUAUCGUAUACAUUCAAUCAUCACCUACAUUAUGUCUAGAACGUCUCAAAAAACGCGGACGUCCUGAAGAAGAUAAUAUACCAUUAGAAUAUCUACAGCAAUUACACGAUUUUCAUGAAAAAUGGUUAACACAAUCGAGUAUAAAUCACACACCUCUAUUUAUUAUUGAUUCACAUCGUUCAGAAAUGCAAUUGGUUAAGGAUUUUGAAAAACGUUUCAUACAGAAUCAAAAAUAAUUUUUUUUGUUUAAUGUUUAAUAAA